UUCCUCUCCCAGUUGUCCCUUGUUUCCCCGCCAGGUUCGCCAGGGUGUUUCAGGCACACCGCCGUGUAGAGACCCCACAUCCAACUUGUGGUCAAUCAAUCCAUAGAAACCGAUCCAUCACGGUCCGGGAGCUGUUCAUACCUACCUUGUCGGCUUUAGCUAACGACCUCAGCAGCAGCACCGCUCUAGAGACUACAUGUAAAACCAAAAAAGAAAAAAAAAACUAGGCUUCAGAGUUGUAUUUUUGUGGAAUAGUUGGUGUACGCGAUUGUUACGCGCCUGUCUCUCGCCUUUGCGACCAGCCCCCCACCCUUUCCCGCAACCACCACCACCAACUGACGUCUGGUUGUUUUUUGUUUUUUUUUUUUUCGUUGCCACGAAAGGAGGAGGAGUCUACUCUUCGCUGAAAGAACAGUCGGAACAGACUGAAUGCACGCCGACCGUGGUUGUGUUUUGGCGCAGCUCACUGGUUUUACCGGUGUGUAAUAGACCUGUGGGCUCUCACUGCCUGACUGUCGCCUGAUUUCUCUCGGCUGGAAGCGGCUGUAGCCCGGGGGUCCGGAGGGGUGCCACGGCGGCCGGAGGACUCAGUCUGCCGCUGCAGCCCGUUGACAGGAAAAUCGCGGGAACGUCGCCUGGCAACUCAAACAGUCGAUUGCUGAAGAAUUUGGUGUUAAAUCCAUGAUCAGGAACCUUGCCAGUUAAAGGUAAAAAUGGAAGUGGUUGUGGCAGAGGAGAAGAAGAAAAUUUUCCGUGCCAGGAAAACCAUGAAAAUCAGUGAUCGGCAGCAGCUGGAAACUCUGCACAACACUUUGUUGACAGGACCUCCAUCAUUGUCCAAUCCAUCUCCACCUCCUCUUUUGAAUGGCACACACAAAGACGAUGGACAAAAAGUGGCAGACAAAGAGCAAAACAACACCUUGGACUCAAACUCCCCACGUGCUGCAUCACCUGUCUCUCCAGCCUCAAGGGGCUCCCCGAUUCCCUCCCUCUCCCUAAAUUUGUCCCCGUCUCCUUCCUCUUCACAAAGUCCAAAACCCAAGGAUGAAACUCCGACUUCUCCCAUAUCGCCAUUCCACUCCUUGAACUUUGAACUUAAAAAGAUGGAAGAGGAAGGGAAGAAAGGGUCUUCACCAUCUCCAUCAAAUGAGUGCCCUGCAUCAGUGUCAACAGAGGCAAAGGAAGGCCAGAAAAAAGACACAGAGGUGAUCACAGAGAUGGAAAACAAAGAGGAGGCACACACUACAACAGAAGGCCAGGCUGUGGAGUCUGUUAAGGACUCUGUUAAAGGUUCAGCUCCACAUUCGCCUCCACCACCUGCAGUAUCUGGCAAAAAAUCAGACAAGGACAGUAGGAUAAAACCUGAGUGCCCAGAUCCCAUGCAAACGGAUAAUGACACUACAGAGGCUAAGGCCCCUGAGGCCUCCACAGCCAAAAGAAAAGUAGAGAAACCUUCUUCCCCCAAAACUACUGCUCCUGCUUCCUCUCCUCGGGCCAACUCUCCUCCUUCUUCCUCCUCUGCUGGUCCAGCUCCUUCCGCUCCCUCGGAUCAGAAGCUGGAUCAGGAAAUCAAAGCGGAAGAGGACAUAAAGGAAGAAGUGGAGGAUGACAAAGAAGAUGUGAAGAAAGGAUCAGUAGAAAAGCAAGUGGAAAAGAUGGAGGUGGACUCAGUGAAAGUAGAGACAAAGAAGGUAAAAAUGGAGGCUGGAGAAUCUGCUAAGCCAUCUCGCCCCUCGUCCACCCCACCAUGUGACACAGCGCAAGAGGCGAAGUGCUCCACCUCGGGACUGAAGCGAACUUUGUCGGAGGGUUAUGAAAAAGAUGAACACAUGGAAAGGGAUGUGAAGAGGCCCAAGGUGGAUGGUGUGGAGUUGGAAGCACAAUUGGAACUGAAAAUUACUGCGAAAGCUAGCAGUCGCCUUAAACUUGAAAAGGUUGUGCAACAGUUAGUUGAGGAACGGUUGAAUCUCUUGCAGCUAACAGAAUUUGACAAAAAUUUACAAGAGUUGAAGGAGAGAGUAGAAAAGAUCGACUCUGCCACCAAACACCAGACCACCCUUAACACACUCCAAGCCAAGAUAGCCCGACUUGCAAAAAAGUUUGGAGAGGCCAAUCAGAUGUCAGAGAACAAAAGAAAACAAGAGGCACUUGCUGCUGCUGCUGCUGCCGCUGCUGUUAACAAGACAGCGUCUGCUGCAAAUACCCCUUCAACACAGCGGCCAGUCCGGCAUUUGGAGGUAAAGCAGACUCCAACAACCCUUGCUUCGACAAGUACAACUGCCCCGUCAGCUCAGCCAACCCCAGCCCCCACGUCCACCUCCACAGCCAUGGUGCCACAGGCCCCCAUCCUCCAGCUGAUCACAUCCACUUCGAAUGCUGCCUCCACCCUGGCCACUGGCAUCACCACCCAGAGUCCCACGGGCACCCUGCUACUGAAGACAGCGCCUGGAAGCGGCAUGGUUGCUACAGGCCAGCCACUCCUUAUCCAGCUGCCUUUGUCCAUGACCAAUGGCCAGACUGGGACACUGGUCAACAUCCCUGUGUCAUCUUUGUCUGCGGCCAACUCUCUCAACAAGGCCAAAACCACGGCAUCCACCGCCACUUUUAUACUCAAGCCUGCUGCUGCCACCACCACUGCAGCAGCCUCUGCCCCAGCUGCUGCCACCGUCCCAGCCCUGCAGGCCUCCACCGGUCAGAUGUCCCCCGCCCAGAUCUCUCUAGCUCGAGCCGUGUACCAGGGGGGUGCUGGGGGGAUAAGUACUCCCAACGCUGGAGUGUCAGUGACUACAGCCAGGACCCCGGCUCAGUCUGUCUCAGUAGCAGGAGCUAUGUCAUCGGCCUCUUCACCUGCGACCUCUGGACCAGCAGCAACAGGUUCUGCCGCUCCAGGACCCCCACAAGGGACAUCUAUGACCUCGAAGACAGACAACCAAGCAACAAGUUCUGCAUCAUCAACCAAAACAGCUGCUCCAGGGGCACGUCCUAAAGGCUCAGUCAUAGAUCUCACUGAGGAUGAUGAUGAUGUGCAAGUGACCGGAGUAAAGAAUGCCACUGUUUCAGCUCCUCCAACAUCUCAGCGUCCACUCCCGGUUGUCAGCAUUCCCAAUAGCGCUGGAGCAAGGUCAUCCCCACAAAGCAAUCAGAACUCUUCAGGCAAUCCUCAAGUUACAGUCCACCACCGCCCCCCACUGGACUCCCCAAUGAAGUCCCGUUCUGUAACCACUACUACAUCAACCCGGGCCUCCACCAUGGCUUUGCCUCCUCUCCCAUCUGCACCCCCACCCCCUGGCCGCCUACCUCCAGAGGCUGCCCAGACCUCACUCCCUCAACAGCCCCAGCUGAAGCUGGUGCCAAGCCAGACUGGUAUUGUACUGUCCUGGUGUGUGGCAGAAACUGAUCGGACCUGUGCAGCCGUGGACAGUUAUCACCUUUAUGCCUUCCACCAAGACAACUCAAACAACAACGCGGCACAGCAACACUGGAAAAAGAUUGGCGAGGUGAAGGCUCUGCCUCUGCCUAUGGCCUGUACCCUCACCCAGUUCCAGUCUGGCUCCACUUACCACUUUGCUGUCCGAGCCAAAGACAUCUAUGGGCGAUUUGGGUCCUUCUGUGAACCUCAGUGCACAAACGUCAUCAGCUCUAAUUCUAGCUGAACUAUUAAAAAAUGGAACUUUUUUUUUUUUUUUUUUUUUUUUUUUUGUAGGAAAUUAAUGAUUCUUUGACUUGUUUAAUUGUCUUAGGAAUUCAUAUAUUGUGGAUUGGAACACCCUCAAAACACCUGUAAAUAUUUCCCUGCAUAACAACUGGACUUCUGACUGACUUGGAGAAUUCAUAUGGCAACGGUUGGUUUUUGCCUUGCUGAUGUAUUGUAUAUUUUUUGUGAGUUAAGCUGUUGUAUAUAAUUGAAAUAUUUAGCCCUUACCAAGUCAGAUAUUUAUGUUGUUGACUUCUGUUACUCUGACCCGGAUGUCAUUUACUUUACUGGACAGUAGGUGACAGGAUUAUCCAUGUUAACAUUCGCAGAAUUGCACAAAAAUGCAUAAAUGUGCAGUAGAAACUGAAUGACGGUAACUUUUGUAUGUUUUGUCUGGCAACCAGACUUUGGCAAACACAAUAAAAGGUUUUAUUAAA